UCAUAUAUUAAGAACAUUUAUUUGUCCAGAAGGGAUAGUAAAAAAAUACAAAGAAUGAUUAUAAGGCAUUCAUUUACAGGGACCUGGAAGCAUCACCGCUGGAAAUGGAGUUUGAGGUUUCACUCGAACAUGUGCUGCAAUAGUAAUAAUACGCAUCCAUCAAUCUCCAACGUUGUCUCCACUAACAUUGCAAUUACAGAGCUAGCGAAAAAGGGUUCACUCGAACAAGCACGAAAGCUGUUUGACGAAAUGCCUCAAAGAUCAAUUGUCUCGUGGAACACCAUGAUUUCUGGUUAUUCCGAAUGGGACAAGUUCAGUGAAGGGUUAAGUUUAGUUUCAUUAAUGCAUAGCAGCUGUAUAAAGCUGAAUGAGUCUACUUUGUCCUCAGUACUAAGUGUUUGCGCUCGAUCACAGUCGCUCAAUCCUGGUAAUCAAGUUCAUGGGCUAGCUUUGAAAUCUGGAUAUCAAAGUUUUCAGCUUGUGGGUAGUGCUUUAUUGUAUCUUUAUUCAACGUGUCAUGUAAUUGAAGAGGCAAGGAUGGUAUUCGAUGUAUUGCAUCGGGAGAAUGAGUUGUUAUGGAGCUUGAUGCUUGUGGGAUAUGUUAAAUGUAACUUGUUAACUGAUGCUUUCGAGAUUUUUAGGAAAAUGCCGACCCGUGAUGUUGUUGCUUGGACCACUUUGAUUUCUGGAUACUCAAAGGUUGAAGGUGGAUGCCAGAAAGCUUUAGAGUUGUUUCGGUCGAUGGGAGAGGAUAUUGAGAUUGUCCCGAAUGAAUUUACUCUGGAUUGUGUUUUGAGGGUGUCUGGUAGAUUGGGAUAUUUAUAUGGGGGAAGAACAAUUCAUGGGUUGGUAGUGAAGUUUGGGUUUGAGUGGGAUCAUUCUGUUUCUGGUGCACUGAUUGAUUUUUAUUGUAAUUGUGAGGUUCUUGAUGAUGCUUUGUUAGUUUAUAGUGCACUAGUUAAUCCUUCCUUGAAUGAUUCAAACUUGCUGAUUGGAGGGCUAAUCUUGGCGGGCAGGAUUGAGGAAGCUCGAUAUUUGUUUAACGGAUUGAUCAAGCGGGAUCAUGUUUACAAUUUGAUGAUUAAAGGAUAUGCCAUGUCUGGUCAAGUAGAGGAGUCAAAACAGUUGUUUCUGGAGAUGUCAGAAAGAAAUUUAACUUCCAUCAAUACUAUGAUUUCUGUGUACUCAAGGAAUGGUGAAAUCGAUAAAGCUGUAGAGCUUUUUGAAGAAGUGAAAGUACAGGGAAAUUCUGUUACCUGGAAUUCUAUGAUUUCAGGAUAUACCCAAAAUUAUCAACAUGAGAGUGCAUUAAAGUUGUAUACGACCAUGAGAAGAUUAUCAAUUAGCCAAACUAGGUCAACAUUUUCUGCCCUGUUUCACGCAUGCUCCUGCCUUUGUUCACUUCAACAAGGUCAAUUGAUUCACGCAGAUUUGAUUAAGACUCCAUUUGAAUCCAAUAACUAUGUUGGAACAGCUCUUGUUGACAUGUACUCCAAAUGUGGGAGCCUUAAUGAUGCUAAAACAUCCUUUCAUAGCAUUGCAUAUCCUAACGUAGCAGCAUGGACAGCUCUGAUUAAUGGGUAUGCACAUCAUGGGCUUGGCUCUGAGGCACUUGUACUUUUUCACCAAAUGUUAGAUGAAGGGAUUGAUCCUAAUGCAGCAACCUUUGUCGGUGUCUUAUUGGCUUGUACUUGUGUGGGUUUGGUUGGAGAAGGCACAAGACUUUUCCACGUAAUGCAAGAACACUAUGGUAUAGCACCUACUCUGGAACACUACACGUGCAUGGUAGAUCUUCUUGGUAGAUCAGGCCAUUUACAUGAAGCUGAGAAGCUUGUUAACAGAAUGACUAUUGAACCAGACAGCAUUAUCUUUGUUGCACUGCUUAAUGCUUGUUGGUUCUGGAUGGACGUGGAAGUUGGAGAGAGGGUGGCAGAAAAACUGUUGUCGUUGGAUCCCAAGUCUACAUCCGGCUGUGUUAUCAUGGCCAAUAUGUAUGCAGGAUUUGGCAGGUGGUGGGAGAAGAUGAGAGUGAGGAAAGCAAUGAAGAAACUGCAGUAUAAAAAGGAUCCUGGAUAUAGUUGGAUUGAACUAAACAACAAGGUUCAAUUUUUCUCCGUUGAUAAUAGAACUCAUCCUUUUUGUGAUAUAAUUUACUCAACUUUGGAAAACCUAACAGCAAAUGUGGACUCCGAAAUUAAUUUUGAUUGUACUUCUUCAAAAUUAUAUGGUGAAAGUGAGUUACUCUCUUAGUUAA